AUGUCGGGAAGGAGAUUCGGCCAAAGCACUUGUGACUCUAAUUCUUCCAACUCUCGAAUCGUGAAGUGUGGGCAUAAUAUACCAGCAAAGUCUUAUGUUUCAGGGACAGAACUCAAUCCGGGGAGGGGAUUCUACUGUUGCCCAUAUUGGAAGGAGCCUUCAAAAAAUUGUCUAUUCUGGCGUUGGGUGGAUCAACGUAAUGAUGAAGAGGAAACACCUAGCUCCAAUGUGAUCGUGGCAGAUGAUGAAGACAUUAGGAUGAAGUAUGCUUCGAUGGAGAUUCAUGUUACGAGCUUGAAGGAGAGCUUGAAACUUGCUGAAGAGAAAGCUGAGCGAAGGAAGCAUGCUAAAAAAUGUUUGUUUGAUGAUUUAGUUAGCAUUAGGGAGGAAAACACUAGGCUGGUAGGGGAACUGAAGUUGGCCAAUGCUCGAUUCUUGUUUGUUUUGUUCCUUUUCGUUGGACUGCUUGUAGGCAUUGCCAUUGCAGGACUGAAAUGA